GUGCCCCCUGUCGACCAUUGUGGGGCAGUGUUGUAUAGCUCUGCAGAAAGAGGGACAUUCUGACAUUUCUCUCAUCAGACAAGUCUGCAAAAACGGGAGAACGGAGCCCAGGUACAGGGAAAGCGAGAUGAGGCGUCGUGUUUGCUUUGGUUGAAUCCAAGUAUUAAUUCUACCAGAUGCCGAUUGAGAAGGUCAUCACCAGAUAUCGUCCAGGAGGAUGCUGCUAUUGGGAUGACCUUUGUGACCUCACCUUUGCCCUCCCCUGGAAAGAUCCACCACCAAUCAAGAACCCUGAACAACGGCCUACAUGGAUGUGGUUGGCUGGUUCCAGUGAUGGACAGGUGACCAGCCAGCCCUCUAGCCGCCCUCUUCUACUUUGACUCCCCUCCCCCUCCCUCCCAGACGUGCAGCGUGCACCCCCGGUCGGAGACCCCCCACAUCUCUGCCAUGGUGACAUAAUCAGCAGCACAACAUGUGGGAGAUCCAACAUCAUGAGACCGUCUCAUUUCUAUCUCCAGUAGCUGCUGCUUCUCUAGCCUGUGGAUUACCGACUAGACCACUUGAAAUAACAAGACGGACUUUGGACUAAUUUACUUUUUCUCUCCACCAAGUUGCCCUCGAGAGACUGUUUUCUGGGUGUUACGGUUGGACGGUCAGUGAGGUCAGUUGGUCGGGCGUUGUGCGUGACGAUGCUGGGAUGCGUGUCCCGCCUGCGUCGGCUGGUCCGUCUCGUCCACCACCUCCCCCUCCAGACCUCCCUGCUCCUCCUCUUCCUCUUCUGCACCGUCAGCGUCUUCGUCUCCGCAUACUUCCUGUACGGCGUCAAACGGGAGCUCGAGCCCUCAGGAGGGGGCGUGGCUGGCAGCGAGGGGGCGUCGGCCAUCUACAAUGACCUGCGGGCGAGCCCGUCUCGGCUGCUCCCGGUGCGGGCGGUGUCGGGGGGGCUUGCUGGGGGCGAGGGGGGCAGAGGAGGGGUGAGGACAAACCCCCUGGUGCUGGUGUUUGUAGAGAGCCAGUACUCUCAGCUGGGCCAGGAGAUAGUCGCCAUCCUGGAGUCUGGACGUUUCCACUACCGGACAGAGAUCUCUCCUGGUAAAGGGGACAUGCCCACAUUAACAGAUAAGGAGCGUGGGCGCUUCACGCUAGUCAUCUAUGAGAACAUUCUGAAAUAUGUAAACCUGGAUGCCUGGAACCGAGAGCUGCUGGACAAGUACUGUGUGGAGUAUGGAGUGGGCAUCAUCGGCUUCUUUAAGGCCAAUGAGAACAGCCUGCUGAGUGCCCAGCUCAAAGGAUUCCCCCUCUUCCUCCAUUCCAACCUGGGCCUGAAGGACUGCACGGUCAAUCCCAAGUCCCCCCUCCUCUUCAUCACACGCUCCGGCCAGCCCCUCCCCGGCCCCCUGCCCGGGGACGACUGGACCGUCUUCCAGUCCAACCACUCCACCUACGAGCCCGUGCUCCUGACCAAGACCCAGUCCGCUGAGAGUGUCCCCUCGCUCGGUACGACGGCCACGCUGCUCCCCUCCGUUGUGCAGGACCUGGGUCUCCACGACGGCAUCCAGAGGGUUCUGUUUGGGAACAACCUCAACUUCUGGCUGCACAAGCUGGUGUUUGUGGACGCGGUCGGCUUCCUGUCGGGGAAGAAGCUGUCUCUCUCCCUGGAGCGACACCUACUGGUCGAUAUAGAUGACAUAUUUGUGGGGAAGGAGGGGACCCGGAUGAAGGUGAAGGAUGUCAAGGCCCUGUUGGAGACCCAGAGAGCGCUGCGUAACAAUGUUCCCAACUUCACCUUCAACCUGGGCUUCUCAGGGAAGUUCUUCCAUGCAGGGUCAGAUGAGGAGGACCUGGGGGAUGACCUGCUCCUCUCCUACGUCAAUGAGUUCUGGUGGUUCCCCCACAUGUGGAGCCACAUGCAGCCCCACCUCUUCCACAACCAGUCAGUGCUAGCCGAACAGAUGCUUCUCAACAAGAGGUUCGCUAUGGAGCACGGUAUCCCCACUAACAUGGGCUAUGCGGUAGCCCCCCACCACUCGGGUGUGUACCCAGUUCACCUGCAGCUGUACGAUGCCUGGAAGAAGGUGUGGGGCAUCAGGGUGACCAGCACGGAGGAGUACCCCCACCUCAAACCUGCCCGCUUCAGACGGGGAUUCAUACACAGCGGUAUCAGCGUCUUGCCCAGACAGACGUGUGGUCUGUUCACACACACCAUAUUCUAUAAGGAGUACCCAGGCGGACCCAACGAGCUGGACAAACUCAUCAACGGAGGAGAGCUGUUCCUUACUGUCCUACUCAACCCGAUCAGUAUUUUCAUGACCCACCUGUCUAACUACGGUAACGACCGGCUGGGCCUUUACACCUUCAAAAGCCUGGUGGCUUUCCUGCAGACGUGGACCAAUCUGCGGCUACAGACCCUGCCUCCCGUCCAGCUGGCCCACAGAUACUAUAACCUCUUCCCUAACGAGAAAGACCCACUCUGGCAGGAUCCCUGCGAGGACAAAAGGCACAAGGACAUCUGGUCAAAGGAGAAAACGUGUGACCGCUUCCCCAAGCUGCUUGUCAUUGGGCCUCAGAAGACAGGUUCUACAGCCCUCUAUCUGUUCCUGGGCAUGCACCCUGACCUGACCAGUAACUACCCCAACAAGGAGACCUUUGAGGAGAUCCAGUUCUUCAAUGGACACAACUACCACAGAGGCAUCGACUGGUACAUGGAGUACUUCCCCCUGCCCUCCAACACCAGCUCAGACUACUACUUUGAGAAAAGUGCCAGCUACUUUGACUCCGAGGUGGCAGCGGAGCGGGCGGCCACCCUCCUGCCCAAGGCCAAGAUCAUCACCAUCCUCAUCAACCCAGCCGACCGCGCUUACUCCUGGUACCAGCACCAGCGUGCCCAUGAUGACCCAGUGGCUCUGAAGUACUCCUUCCAUGAUGUCAUCACGGCUACCCAUGAUUCCCCGGUAAAACUGCGUGUGCUCCAGAACCGCUGUCUGGUGCCAGGCUGGUACGCCAUCCACAUGGAGCGCUGGCUCAACCACUACCACUCCAGCCAGGUCCUGGUUCUGGACGGGCAGCAGCUGAAGACUGAGCCGGCCUCAGUCAUGGACAGGAUCCAGAAGUUUCUGGGCCUGGUCAACACCGUCAACUACCACAAUAUCCUAGCGUUUGACCCCAAGAAAGGCUUCUGGUGUCAGCUGCUGGAGGGAGGGAAGACCAAGUGUCUGGGGAAGAGCAAGGGGCGUAGGUACCCUGACAUGGACCCGGAGUCCCAGUCGUUCCUCAGGGAGCACUACAGGGAUCACAACAUAGAGCUGUCUAAGCUGCUGUACAGAAUGGGCCAGCCCCUGCCCAGCUGGCUCCGAGAGCAACUGAUCCAUACCAGGUAGAAGUACCGGGGGCA